AUGUCACCAACGUUUCCACCUGAAACACUUCAUCAAAUAUUCAAAGAACUUUCAUAUAGGGAUUUACGAAAUUGUGUAUUGGUUAAUCAUACAUGGAGUUUAAGCGCAAUACGAUUACUUUGGAAAAAUCCAUUUGCGUUUCGAUAUAAUGGACAAAAAAACUAUCGUCAUGUUGCAGGAAAAGGCAAACGUAUUGAAUGGUACGAGGAUAGUAAACGAUCACUUGUUGACACAUAUAUAUGGUGUUUAAGUGAUGAAUCUAAGAAUUCAAUUAAGGAUUCAGGAGUUGAAAUACCUAAUCGUAUGACUCAAAGACGACCAACUUUCAACUAUCCAUCGAUUUUAACAACGCUUAACUUUAUCUACCUCAGUGACAUUAUUGGAUUUUGGCUUCCAACCAUGACAGUUUCAGAUUUUCCUUAUUAUGUAACUUUUAGAGAAUUAUGCAAAAUGUUUAUGACGAAUUCACCUAGAUUAAAGGUAUUGGAAUUUAGUGAUACUAAAGCAGCAGAACUUAAGUUUAGAAAGGUUAGCAUAUUGCCACUCACUUGUUAUGCACCUGGAGCAAACGAUUUCUUUUCUAGAAUUAUUAAAAUUUCAUGUAACGCUAUUCUCCAAAAUGAAAUUCUUUACGAGUUGGCAUUAGUUGCACAAAAUAUAGAGGAAAUGAAUCUUCAAGAUUGCAAUAAAAAUAAAGAUGCGAUGGCAAAAUUUAUUCAAUCACAAAACAAAUUAAAAAGGAUUGAAAUUGAAAUUAAUGGACCACCAACAUUUUAUUUGGCCAUUCAACGAGCAUUGGAAAGUAAAGCACCUUACCUUACACACCUUUCGAUCAUUCAUAAAGGAUAUUCAUAUGAUUCAUUUCGGUAUUCACUUUCAUGGUUAGUUAAAUGUGAAAAUUUACAAGAAUUAAAGUUACAUAGUAAAACAGGAUUUUAUGAAAAUUCAUAUUUACAUCAAGCAUCAUUGAAAACUUUUAAAAGUUUAAAAAAAUUGGAAUUUGUUCUUAAUAAUCUUAAUUUAGAUCAUGUUUCAAUGAUUAGAAAAACCGAAAAUCGGUUAAACAAACUCAAAUUAAUUUGGACACGAGUUAAUUCACAAGACAUUAUUCAAAUUACACCAAUUUUAUUUACUACAAUCAAUCAAACAUGUAUAAAUUUGAUUGAAUUAGAAUUAACAGUUUCACCGAUAGCGUUGAGAUUAAUGACGGAAUUGUUUUGCAAUUGUCAAUUACUUGAAGAGGUCAAAUUACAUGAUGGUAGAGUAAGAAUUUUAGGAGAAACAGAAAUAUUAGAUAUUUCAGAACACUUAAUUGAUUGGGGAGGAGAAAUACCACGAAAUUUACGAAAGUUAAUAUUCAGGGGCGAUUGGUCAUUCACUUUUAACGCAUUUCGACAUUUUAUGGAAGGUUGUGAUAUAAGAUUGGUUGAUAAAAAGCUUUUAUUUUUAUUUGAAGCUUUUGAUUCAUGUUUAAUUUCAAGAUGGUUGGGAGUCGUACUUGAUUGUUAUAUAUCAGGUGGAAAGUUGAAUAAAAACAGCGGUUUCAGAUUUGUUUAG